UCUGCUUUGCUGCCUGUCAAUCACCGGGCUCACGCAGGCGCCGCCGCGCCCUCUGCCGGCCACGCGAGGAACUUCUCCUCUAAUCAUGUGCCCGCGCGUCCUUGCCUCUGAUUGGCCGCCCCGUCCAGCCCGUUGCGAAGCCACGCCCGCUAGGUGGUGCAGGCCGAGGCGGUGGGCCUGAACGCCAUCUUCCUCCUCCUCAUGUCCCGCGUCUCCCAGGCCUCGGGGUCCAUCUUACCGCCUUUGGGGUCCCUGGUGGCCCCCAGGAAGGGGCCCGGCCUGGCUGACGGCAACGGGGAGCAAGGGGAGGCCGCAGACACAGGCUCCAGCUCGCUGAUGAACUUGGCCCGUCCCUUCCAGAAGGCGGAGGCCCUCCUGCGCCAGUGCGUGAACCCGGGCCUGUGGCGCCAGCUCCCCUUCCAGGCCGGGCCGGGCUCCUACGACAGCGAGGAGGAGGACUCUCCCGGGGGCUUGGCCCGCCUGGCCCAGGUGGAGGGCAGCUUCUCGGGCCUCCGCCGCUGCCUGCGCGUGCAGGAGAACCCCCGGAGCGAGACCUUCCGCGGCCUGGUCCGCCCCUCCAGCCCGGAGGCCGCCCGGGGCGCCUUCUCCCACCACCCGGCCCGGGCCAGCGUGGCCCGCCAGUGCGCCACCCUCCACGCCUUGCUGCAGCACCGGCACCACUUGCGCCUGGCCCGCCAGUACGGCCGCCGGCUCAAGGCCGCCUCGGACUUUGUGAGCCACCUGAGGGCCGCGCGGCGAUGCCUCCUGCUCCCGGCCGGCCGGCGGAACCCCUCCUGGCCCCGCCUGCUGCGCGGCCUCUGCGAGGAGAUGCGGGCCCACGCGGCGCACUGGGAAGGGCUGCGGCAGCAUAUCCGGCGCGACCCCUGGCUGCGGCCCCUGCUGCUCCAGCGCCCGGAGGCCGUGCAGCGCAUGAAGCGCGCCCUGUCCCUGCUGGCCUUGCACGCGGCCCGGCUGCUGGAGGGAUGCCUGGAGGCCUUUCUGCGUGCGGUCACCUACCCGGCCGCCCCCGGGCCCCUUUCGGACCUCUUCCAGGGCCUGGAGAUCUACAACCAGGUGCUGGGCGACCAGGCCUUGCAGCAGGCCUUCCUGGAGCUGGGGGAGACCAACCCCGGGGCGCGGAAGGUGCCAAGCGGCACCCAGGGCACCUUCCCAAUAGAGAGGGUGCUGGGCAUCCUGGCGUCCGAGCGGGGCCAGUGGGCGGGCCAGAAGCUGCUCCGGCUCCUUCUCCAGCAGCCGCCACUGGCAACGGGGCCGGCCUGGGAGGGCCACCCUGAGUAUUGGCUGGGGGAGGAGGAGGCUUGUCAGCGGGGCCCCAAGGUGGGAGAGGGUCCUUCAAGCCUCCCUGAGGAGCUGCAAGCACUCUGCCAGAGGGAGGAGGAGGCGCUGCUGCCAGUCCUGCGGGAGCUGGUGUCCUCCGCACAAAGCCUGCGCCACCACGUCCUCCAGCGGCCCAAGCAGGAGAAGCCCCUGCCCUUCCUGGAGGAGCCCCCCGAGGCCUCGGCCACCCUGCCUGGAUGGAAGUCCGUGCGCUGGCUGGACGCCUCCUUUGCCGAGGCGGCCGGAGGGCUCUACGCCGAACUCUGUCCCCUUCUCUGGAAGGUUGCUGCAUCCACCCUGGAGCACCGGCUGCAGCUCCAUUGGCCCGUGGCUCGGUGGCAGGAGGGGGCCGGGGCCGCCCUGGGCCAGCAGCUCAACUGGGCCCUUGCACAGGGCCAACUUCCCCGGGAGAGUGCUGAGGAGCUGAGCGCAUUGGCGCUUCACCUGCUUCUGCAAGAUGUUCGCCAGCACUGGGACCAAGCCUUCUGCCACGCUCUGGGCUCCAGCCUCACCGACAAAUGCAUGGCCAAGCCUGCCGUCCCAGGUGCCAACGCUGCUCAUAGCCAGACCGCGCAGCACUUGCAGAGCCUCUACCUGCCGCUGAACUUCACCCUCGGCUGCCUGGACGCCUCGUUUGCCAGGAGUGCCGCCGAGGGUCUCCUCCCCGCCGGCCUCCGCCUGGAGCUGCUCUCCCUCUCGACGGCCACCACUCAUGCCUCCUGCUUCUGGGUCAUGAGCAAGGCCUACCAGUACCUGGCCUCCUGGUCCCUCGGCCAGUUCCUCCUCGUGACGCAGGGGGACUUGCAGCUGCUCAAGGAGGAGGCAAAAGAGACGUCAGCGUUGGUCUGCCAGGCCUUUGCGGAGGGAAGGAGGACACAGCGGCCACUCCUUGCUGGCCAGGAACAAGAACUAGCCCAGCAAGUCCACUCCACAGCUGCCAGCAUUGAACAUUUCUCCCACAAUGUGCUGAGGCUCUUCUCCUUGGACUGCAAGCGCAUGUCGGCCGAGAUCUUCACCCAGACCAUGCCGCUGGGCAAACACUGGCGCCUCGCCCUCCGGACAGAGCUGCCCACCUCGCCCAGCGAGUACGCCUCGGCCGCCGCCCAGACGGUUCUGGGCCAAGUGCUGCAGGGGAUCCAGCUGCUGCCCCACGAGGCCCAGGGGCCGGCCCUCGGCCAGGUCACCACAGCCUUCCUGGAGGCCUGGAUGGACCAUAUCCUGGCCCAGAAGAUCAAGUUCAGUCUGCAGGGGGCCCUUCAGCUGAAGCAGGACUUUGACCUGGUGCGGGAGCUGCUGCAGUCGCAGGACUACAGUCUCUCCCCCGAGAUCCGGCAGCGGGUGCUCUCCCAGCGCGUCUUCCAGCAGACGGACAACGCCAUCGCCUGCCUCCUCCAGCAGCCCAGCAAGGCCCCCCUGCCCUCCCACACCUGGGCCGCCUUCCACAAGUGCUGCUCUUCAGAUGGGAUCCGCACUCAGGACGGGGGCCCAGGCAGCCUGAACAGCCUGCAGAGCCUGGAGGGUCUUCCUGCCGCCCGACCGGGGGCCGCCCUGGAGACCCCGGCGGAGGCGGUGGCCGGAGCGGCCGGGGACUUGCUGAGCCGCAUGCAAGGGCCCGGCUGCAGCCCCGAGACCUACCUCAGCUCCACGCAGCAGGAGUGGCUGGCGCUGCGCUUGCACGGAGGCCGGCGCUGGAGGGUGCCCGCCCUGCCCUGCAUGAACCGGACCUCCGAGCCCUGAGAGGCUGCACAUCCCUCCCUGCAUUUGAGUGCCUCUGUCCCACACGUGCCUUGAGCAACACUCCACGGAGCGGGGGGCUCUUCCCCCUUGGUCUCAUCUGGAGCCUACCUGUGCCAGCUCCCUGCCUGGGUCCGUCCAUCCUCUCCUGUCUCCUCAGAUAGAAGAGAUAUUCGGAGAGGAAGAGACCCCGGGACCAGUGCAGGGGUAGCCGGAGUGAGACAGUUUUGGGGGGCUCCUGGGUUGUUUGUUUUGUAGCAGCACUUGAGAAAAUAAAAGAUCUCUUGAUACUUUGGGCA